AUGGGGCUCUGCAAUCACUCAGGGCUCAGGACCCUGGCAGAGCCCCCAGGAGGCGGUGCCCGUACUCUGCCAGCUCAGCUCUCUGAAGCUUCCCAGGAAGCCAUGGCCCACAAGGAAGAGAGUAGCAACUCAGGAGCAACCAUGGCAGCUCUGCAGGAAGGGACCAAAUGCUCAGAAGCGGGAGACGAACUCCGACAGGAGGACAUUCAGGCCUUGGAGGAAAUAAGAGCUCGGCUGACAGGAGGGCCUGGACUCGCAAAGACACAUGGACGCCAACAAGCACAGACACAUGGAUGUGUGACAGGCGACCAAGGAGCAUGCAGAUCUGUAUGUAUGGUGCACACAGACACACUGGGCACAGCCCAUUGGCACCAAUGUCAACCUCUGCAUGGUGGCCUGCAUCCCACCCUUCAGGCAGGCCCCAUGAGGCAGAACAGAGGGCCUGCUGUCAGGGCAGAGCCAGAGGAUGCAGCCACCAUCAUUCCCUGGCACUGCAUCUCUGUGUCCAUGCAUCUAGAAGGCAUUCUUCCAUAGAGCCUCAAGAAGACUGUCAUGCCUUGGUCUAAAGCAGGGGCCCGGCCUGAGCCCUGAUCCCUGCCCUGGACCUCACAGAGGCCCUAGCUGGGGCAUAUCUGAUUUCCAGGGGCGGGCCAUGAUCAGGGAAGGAGGGAUUCUGGGAGAGCCAGGCAGGCUCUGACCCUCAGGCUGGCGCUGGGCUUGGGGCAGCAAGGAAGGACCAGGUACAAGGGCAGAGCCACGUGGCCAGACCCCCACAGCACAACCAGUGCCGCAUGUGGGCUCCCCCAGCUCCUGCCUGCCUCUGGUCAGUCUGGGCUUUGCCACUUCUGCCCAAAACCUACCGCAAACCUCCCCAAGCCAAAAGAGGAAGGGGCCAUUAGGCACAACUGGGAAAGCUUGUUGGGGGCAGUCCAGGUGGGGCAAGGUGGUGGCUGGGGGCUCCAGGUGGGGUGA